GUGGCAAGAUUCGAAACAGACACACCGGUCAACAUGAGCACGGCAGGCAAAGUUAUUAAAUGCAAAGCAGCAGUAAUGUGGGAAGCCAAUAAACCGUUUUCUAUUGAGGAAGUGGAAGUUGCCCCACCAAAAGCACAUGAAGUUCGCAUAAAGAUCGUGGCCACAGGGAUCUGUCGCUCUGAUGACCAUGUGGUAACUGGUGGACUGGUUACAGCUUUUCCGGUGAUUCUUGGGCAUGAAGCAGCUGGUGUUGUGGAGAGUGUUGGGCAGGGAGUAACGUCGAUCCAACCAGGAGACAAGGUUAUUCCACUCUUUGUUCCACAGUGUGGGGAGUGCAGCAGUUGCUUAAGCACGAAGGGUAAUCUGUGCAGCAAAAAUGACAUUGGUUUCGGUACUGGAUUAAUGCCUGAUGGCACCACUAGAUUCACCUGUAAAGGAAAAGCAAUUCACCAUUUUAUUGGUACAAGUACCUUCACUGAAUACACAGUAGUGCAUGAAUCUGCUGUAGCCAAAAUCGAUUCUGCUGCUCCUCUGGAAAAAGUUUGUCUAGUCGGCUGUGGAUUUUCAACUGGUUAUGGGGCUGCUGUGCAGACUGCCAAGGUGGAACCAGGCUCCACCUGUGCCAUCUUCGGCCUCGGAGGAGUUGGCCUCUCUGUUGUCAUGGGCUGCAAGGCGGCUGGAGCUUCCCGCAUCAUUGGCGUUGAUAUCAAUAGCGACAAGUUUGCCAAGGCCAAAGAGCUGGGAGCCACAGACUGCGUCAACCCUAAAGAUUUCAAGAAGCCUGUUCACGAAGUGUUGAUUGAAAUGACCGGCUGUGGUGUGGACUACUCCUUUGAGGUCAUCGGCUGUACCGAAACCAUGACUGCAGCCUUGGCCUGUUGCCAAUACAACUACGGAGUCAGUGUGAUUGUGGGAGUUCCCCCUGCAGCACAAAAGAUCGCUUUUGACCCUAUGCUCCUCUUCACUGGUCGCACCUGGAAAGGGUCCGUCUUUGGAGGCUGGAAGAGUAAAGAUUCAGUCCCUAAACUGGUUUCUGACUACAUGAAGAAAAAAUUUGUUCUGGAUCCAUUAAUAACUCACACACUUCCUUUCACUAAAAUCAAUGAAGGAUUUGAUCUGCUAAGGACAGGGAAGAGUAUUCGCAGUGUCCUGGUGUUUUAGGAUUCCCAAUUGUUAAGCAGCAGAUGGCUCAGCACCAGUACAAACUUCAUUAUCCUCCAAUACAACUAAUAUGAAAUACAAACCAAGAUAUUUCUGAAGGGUCUGCCACCACCACCCUUGAAUAAAAGGAUCAAGCUCAAACCCCAGACUUCAAGCACAGCAUUGAUAAAUGAAAUAAUCUUUUUCCUCCUACCUCUUUCUCCUGAUUCUUGCUUUAAAUCCUCUGUAUUGUGCUGCAAUUUUCUUUUAAUAGCCAGUUAUGAAUUACAGGACUUGCUGCUGUCACAAGUGUUAUGAAAGGUUUGGAUUUUUUAAAAUGGCUUUUAAUAUGCAAUCUUUUAGUAAAAGAAAAAUGAAGGAAACUGUUUCUUUGGGCCUUCAAAACAAUGCAAGCUUAACAGAUUUGUGCAUGCAGCUCAGCACAAUAAAACUCUAGGUCUGAACUAUGUAUCCGUCCUGAAUGAUUUCAGCGUUCCAUUAGCUGAUAGGCAAGGAAAUUACUGCAGAGAUUAAAAUUUAUGGUGACUGUGUGUUUGAAUUAAUUUCAGUAAAUGAUAUUUAAGUAAAUCAUAGACUUAGGUACUGGAGAAUGUCCCACCACUGGAUAUUUUGCCAAA